UUUUGUUCAAACAUAAUUUGGACAAAGUUUACAAGUGUCCACAAAACAAUUCAUUAAGAUAUUAACGUGAUUUGCACACAUUUUUUUCCUAGAUUAACAAAGCACAAACAAGUGUCAUUUGAGCGCUAACCAAAACCAGAAUCUGUUUUGAGGUAGAUGUGAGCAACUCCAAUACAAAAUUAAAUAAAAUUUCAAGAGUAUAUCUGAAACUAUAGUGACAAUACUGAUAUGGACUUAACGUCAAUAUUAUCGAUAUUUUGGAUCGGUUAGCCCACGUCUACUGGAUGGAAUUUGACAAAAGGGACAUCAUGUGAGUGGAAACACUGUAAACAGCCAUAACCCGAUUACUAAAAGGAACAGAAACACACUAACGUAAAGUCUCUGUGUGUGUGUGUGUGUGUGUGUGUGUGUCUUUGCUGCUCACUUCCCCUAGCUGGAUUCACCCCUCUUUCAUUUGCUGUGAAAACAUCCAUCAUCCCCUCCUAAACUUCACAUGACAUCAGAGGAAGAGGAGGGGGAGGGCCGAAUCGGCUGCAAGGAAAACCUCUCCAUCAGCCUCCCUUCUUUUCUGUACAUGGACCACCCUCCGCCGCUCCGUACCAGUGGGCUGCGGCUGCCGUGGGCCCUCAGUUUCUGUGGGAGCUGGAGGCAAACGGAGCAGCGAGGGGCGAGGAGGCACAGAAUGAACCUGGUGGAGGUGCGCUACUGAGACACACCGCUGACUGAACUCACUGACACAGAUCUUCUGGUUGUUUGGCUGUAAGCAAGAGGAGCAACCAUGGGACUUGAGAUGUGGAGCCUUUCCCUCCUGUUGGGUUUGUCUCUCUGGACCAAUGGUCAAGCCCUGGCGAGGAACCCCAUUCUGUCCAGGAUACGAAGAGCUCCAGGGGCUGCCGAAGAAAACAAGAAGUGCUCCUACACCUUCCUGGUCCCGGAGCAAAAGAUUACGGGCCCCAUCUGCGCCACCCGGGGCUACGCCACCGACAAAGACCGAGUGACGCGCCUGGACGUCGCGGCGGUGCGCGACCUUCUGUCCAAACAGCGUCGAGAGAUGGAGACUCUGAAGCUCGUGGUGGAUGUGGACGGCAACAUGGUGAAUGAGAUGAAGCUACUGAGGAAGGAGAGCAGAAACAUGAACUCCAGAGUGACUCAGCUGUACAUGCAGCUGCUGCAUGAGAUCAUAAGGAAGAGGGAUAACUCACUGGAGCUGGCCCAGCUGGAGACGCGCAUCCUUAACGCCACCUCUGAGUCGCUGCGGUUGACGUCCCGGUACAAGGAGCUGGAGGCCAAAUACGCAGUGCUGUCUGCAAUCGUGAACAAUCAGUCGGCGCUGAUCGGAACGCUAGAGGAGCACUGCAUGCAGAUGCACAGUCGGCGCCAUGAGCAGCCGCCCAUAGGACCCCCGCUGGUGCAGGUGGUACCUGAGAACAUUCCGGUCAGCGUGCCACGGUUCACCAAUGAGAUCCAGAGUCGAAACACCAGAGGGUUUGGCCCGGAAAGGGGCUCUCGCUCUGGGUCAACCCCCACGACCAGUACACUGGAGGUCCCGAAAUCUGAGAGAAACUUCAGCACAGAGGGUCCAUUCAGAGACUGCCAAGAGGCGCAGGAGGCCGGCCACAGCACCAGCGGCAUGUAUCUGAUCAAACCAGAUGAGGCGGAGAGGCCGGUGCAAGCCUGGUGUGAACAGGAUAUAGACAACGGAGGUUGGACGGUCAUCCAGUGUCGGAGAGAUGGAUCAGUGAACUUCUUCAGGAACUGGGAUAGCUACAAGAGCGGCUUUGGCAACAUAGACGGGGAGUACUGGCUCGGCCUGGAGGCUAUCUACAAGCUGGGGAGGCAGGGAGACUACAAGCUCCUGGUGGAGAUGGAGGACUGGAUGGACAAGAAGGUGUACGCGCAGUACAACAGCUUCCACCUGGAGCCCGAGAGCGAGGGCUACCGCCUGCGGCUGGGCACCUACCAGGGCAACGCGGGGGACUCCCUCAGCAGCCACAACGGCAAACAGUUCACCACUCUGGAUCGAGACAAGGACGCCUUCUCAGGUAACUGUGCCCAUUUCCAUAAAGGAGGCUGGUGGUACAACGCCUGUGGCCAAGCCAACCUCAAUGGUGUCUGGUACACCGGAGGAGUGUACCGCAGCAAAUUCCAGGACGGCAUCUUCUGGGCCGACUACGGCGGAGGUUUCUACUCCAUGAAGUCUGUCCGCAUGCUGAUCCGGCCCAUAGACUGAGGCUGCUGGGCCGUCGCAUUCAAGACUCACUGUUUAAGUUGCUGCGCUAUACGGUACAUCUGCAGCAAGAGGUCGAUCGCGGACGGACAAACUCAGCCAACGGAAAGAGGCCGAGCAUCGGUUUGCGGGAACAGAAGCAAAACUCUGCACAUAUGGGGGAUUUAGGAGACACAAAUCUGUAUCACACAUAACUUUGUAAAGCAACAAUAAGUCACAAUUUCUUGAACUUUUUAUCAUUAUGUGUGAUGCCACAACCACAAACUUUGACAUGUUUGUUUUCAUAAACCAAAGUAGUCCAUUGAAUAGAUGUAAUGUGGGAAAACAAUACAUGGUUUUCCCAUUAUUUACAAAUUAAAAACUGAAAAAUGUAGCAACCAUGUGUUUUGAGCUCCGUUUCCUCUGACAUCUACACGUAAAAUUCAAAUGUGGAAUAUUUUUUGACCCGUGCCAAACAUCAGCUGCGGCAGAAACCAAUGCAAAUUUUAUUGAUGCGUUGUCCAUCUUCUGGUAGAACAUCACUAAAUUGGUAGCCAGAGGUGCAAUGGGAUGUGAUAGGAUGUCCCAGUCAAAGUCCAGACCAAUUAGGAAAACACAAAAAUUGUACUUUAAAGCACAUUGUCCUUGUCCAGUGAUUAUUGGGUGAGAGGCUUGGUACACCCGAGACAGGAUGCCAAUUUAUUUAAUAAGUUACAGGGAAUUGGCCCAUCAGUCAUAUUUCUGGACUAUAGGAGGAAGCAUCUGGUCUCUGGGACAAUCCACACAGGCAGAACUCUGUGCAGAAAAACUGGGAUUUGAACCCAAGUCUUUCUAUCAACAAGGCAACAGCCGCAUUGACUGUAAAAUCGCUCAAAUUGUAGUUCUGAAAAUCCACACGAUAAUUUCGAAAAGAACCGAGAUUUCCGUUAAAAACCUUUUUUUUUUUUUUGCGCUAGGAUGAGGUGGUUUUUCAGCCGUAUCGAAAUAAGUGUAUACAAAACCCAAAAACAAUGAUCAGCAACCGGAUGUCGCUACUGGCGGAAAAUGGUAAGAAGUGGUUGGAGGAUGAUGGUGCAGUAUGUUUCGUAAUGACGUGUCUCGUGAAAUGUUUACGGGAUACGUCACUACGUAUCCCGUAAACACGGGAUGAAAUACAACUGCGGUAUUUCAUGAAAACACCACAGUUGCAAAAUUGUGUCUUUUCUUGACAUCAGAGGAAUAUUGUAAUGGAAACGCAGCUGAUGCUACCCACUGCACCACCAUCUACGUUGACUGAGUUGGAGCUACUUUGUAAAAAAGAAUUGAUAGAUAUUUAUUGGUUUAAAAAAACAACAACAUGGAAACCAUGUAAAAUACAUAGUUUGUGGUUGUUGCUUGACAAAAUGAGAAAAAGUUGAAAGAGCAUGAAUAACCCUCCAAGGCCCUGCAUGUUAAAAGGUGAAAGAUAUUUCAGAGAGUAUUCAAGUCUGUAACUUUACUGGUACUAAUGUCACAUGAUCCGAAUGCAACUUCACCUACCUCGCCAAGAUAAACAUCUGGUGCUAACAAGAGUUUCCGCUUUUACUUAGCUUUAGGUACGACAAGCUGGAAAAUACACUGUGUUGAAACCUGCACAGAUAAACUACACACACUUUUCCACAUUUUAAUUUCACAAUGCUUUUAAUUGAGAUUCCUACCCUUAAAACACCCUUUCUGCUGCAUGCUAAAACACUUUGUCUGAGUGCAGACGACCAGAACGUGUAAUUUAUGCUUACAAUUAAGUUAUCAUAACAGUGAAAAGGGCCAGGUGUCCUUUGAGAGCAGGAAACGAUCUCGUAGAAAAACAGGAGCCGUUUCCUCCUGCUGUAAAUAGGACAAUCAUUCUCAAACUGUGCGCGCUUAUAUGGAAAUUGUUCUUGUGUGUUUUUCUCACUCGGACUUUGAUUAAAGUUCGGUAUGUCUCUGGGAAAGGCAAGCAUUGUUGAGAGGGGAGUAAGGGGGGGUGGACUUAAGUCUUGCUUUUCGUGGUUUUGGAGAUGGAAAAAUAUGCCUACCAGGCAAAUUGAGAGUUUUAAGCGCUGGGACAGACAACGAGAAACACAUUUCUGGGGGAAAAAAAAACAAAAAACAGACUGGAUGGAGGGAGGAAGAGGUGAGGAAGGGAGAUGGAUGGGAAUGGAAUCAGUCCAAAUUUCCGUGUUUGUUUGUUUUUUUCUUCUUCUUCACAGUAGCCUACAUACCUCCCUUCAAUCCUGCCUUUUAAUACAUUCUUUCCACUCAGUGGAGGAUCUCUUUGUCUUUUGGUGAAGAGAUCUUGCAUGGAUUAAGUCAUGGGUCCCUGUGCAGCGAUCAGUUGGAAACCUUUCAGGGGGGAAUCAAACCAGCAGACGGAAAAGAUAGAAGGUUGAGUCCAUGUUGAACAGCAGAACUGCAUAAAACACGUUAAAGGCAAGCAGAUCUGCAAAUAGACCUAAGACCACAAAAGAUCUCACACCCAGCGAUGUAAGCCUCUUAACAAAGCAACAAAACGCUCUAUAAGAACUCUAGUCAGAUUCAUUUGGUCACCCAAGAAUGUUUAUGGAAAAACGCAAGCACUAUUAGAAGCUGCAUCAUUUUCCUAAAACUGAAGCACAAUAAAAGCUGAGAGCGGUGACUCACUCUCCGCUGGAAAACAACUUUGUACAAGAAACAGACAUGAAAUACAAUCACGCCUGGUUGGCCUCUGCUCUCAGCACACGGCAUGUUUUCAGUUCGCACAUACACAUAAUGUUCCCCUCCAUG